AGAACUAAAGAGAGUCCAGCAUACCAAUCUCAAGGUGUUAUGCUAUUCUCUAGGAAUAUAAAGAUGAAGAGACCUGAACUUUGCCCAUCAUUUAACCAGCAGGUUUCUGGAUGGCAUAUCAUUCAACCUUCUUUUUCUUGGGUUUUCUACUCUGCUAUUAUCUUCCACUCAUUUCUGCUUCAUCUUGUGAUUCCCAGAUAGAAAAGGAAGUGGAGUGGAAUAAAAUCGCCCCUGACACGGUGCAAUUAUACAUUAAUGGUUGUAAAGCAGAAAGCAUCAGGUACAACGAGAACCAUCUUCCAAAACUAAGUUUACUCAAUCUCUCCUCUAAUUGCAUCAGGACUUUGCCAGAUGAUGUUCGUUCAGAUCUGAAAGAGAAAUGCCUAAAAGAGCUUCCAAACUUAAUUUCGAACCAGACUGUACAAGGAAUUACAUCAGUCUGUACCUGUGAUUUCAUUAAGGGCUACACCACACCGAUAAACAACACCAUUUGUGCAGAAAUGUUGAAAAGCUGUGGAAAUACGUUAGCAGCCGUUUCUAUAGGAAUUUCCCUUUUGGUACUGUUGGUGAUAUGUGGUAUUGGGUGUGUUUGGCACUGGAAACACCAUAUCACAACACGAUUUACCUUACCAAAGUUUUUGCAAAGAAGAAGCAGCAGGAGAAAAGACUAUACUAAAACACUCUCCUUGAGUCCCCACAUUAUCAGCUCAAAGCAUAAAAUCUCAGUUCAAACCCAAGGCCACAGAUCUCCUGCAAGUGAGACUAACAUACAUGACAACUAUGAAAAUGUAGAAGUGGGUCCUCCCAAAGCUAAAGAAGAAACCGGGAAGGAACUAUACCAGAACACUCAGCCGUCCAAUUUCGAGGAGGAGCACAUCUACGGAAAUGAGACACCGUCUAACUAUUAUAACUUCCAGAAGCCUUGUACUUCUGAAGUCCCUCAAGAUGAAGACAUAUAUAUUCUUCCAGAUUCAUAUUAACUUUUCAAAAUAUCAGGUUUAGUUAUUGGAGGAUAAAUAUUCUUUGGGACUUUUAUGGCACUGAUGUCAUUAUUGAUUGAGUCUUCUGAUGAAACUCAAUGUCUCUCAUCUAUUUCCACCCUCUGAGUCCUCUCUAUGUGCAUCACUGUGGAUUAGUUCUGGAUACUCUCCACCCUCCUUGCCCUGGAUUAGUUCUGCAUUAUGUUAUAUUGAUUCUUCCUUCUAAAUGUUCCCUGUUAUCUUUUUCUUUUAUUUAUAUCUCCACCAUCUUUUUCUGUGUCAAGAUUAUUGUCACAGUCUCCUAACUAGUCUUUCCGGCUGUAUUGUCUACACACUCAAUCAGUUCCCCAUGAUGCUGCCAGAUGUAUUUUCAGAAAAUAUUCCCAGUGGGCACAUCACUCCUUUGCUUAAAACCUUUUAAUGCUUCCUUUUUAGCAAAAGAUAUAAUACUCAUAAUUCUAACUCCAGAAUUCAUGAUUUUCUGUAAUUGGUUCCAAUUUACUUUUCCAAUGACUUCUACUAAUCCCUCACUUCUCUGCUUUCAUCAAAAUCAUCGCAAAACCUGCCAAACUCAUCCCUCCUCCAUGCCUUUGCUUGUCUGCCCCUCUUAAGCUUGCUCAGAUCAUAUGUCCCUCCACAAGUC